UACUAGGCUCAUUGAGGGCUCAAGUGGAAAUAUUCAAAAUAUUAUCAUUGAAAAACGGGACACGUGCUUUUGUACAUGUUAUUUAUAUAAAAACAUUGGGACUCAACAUUAAUAAAUUAAAACAUACUUUUCGUUUUUGCUAAUGUAAUUCAUUAGCUACCUAUUCUCUUCUCUUGGUUAUUGUAACCUAGAGUACUUUAGUGAUGUCUCGACUUAUUGUUAAGAAUUUGCCGAAUAAGAUAACUGUAGAAAAACUAAAGGAUUUAUUCAGUGAAAAAGGUGAAGUAACUGAUAUCCAACUAAAAUAUACAAAAGAUGGCAAAUUCAGAAAUUUCGGUUUCGUGGGAUACAGAAAAGACGAACAGGCUGCAGCGGCAAAAGAACAUUUUGAUGGUACUUUUGUUAAUAGCAUGAAAAUCAAUGUAGAACUCUGCGCUAACUUGGGAGAUGAGAAGAAACCAAAAGCAUGGAGCAAAUACGCGUCAGACAGCACAGCUUAUAAAAAACUUCAUAAGAGUGAGGCACAGGAAAAUGUGAAACCUAAAAAAGAUAAGUUAAGCAAAGCAGAAAGAAAUAAGAAUAAGAUAAAAGAACUCUUAAAAAAGCACAAAGAUGACCCAUUAUUUGCAGAAUUCAUAGAGGCUCAUGUAAAUGAAAAAACAGUUUGGAUCAAAGAGGCUUUAGAGGAAACUGGCAAAAGUGAUGACAGCAGUGUGGAAGAUGAAAAGCCUUAUGAGGAUGGUCCGCAAGUCGAUGACAAACCCCCAGAAGAUGAACAAGAAAAAGAAGAAAAAGAAAAAGUUGCUAAUACUGGAAUCAGUGAUUUAGAGUACAUGAAGUUGCUAAUGAAAAAAGUGGAUGGUUUUAAAGAAAAAGACAAGGAAGCAACAGUAGAAGAGGUUAAACCCAAGAAAAUAAGAAACAGACCUUUAUUUUACGUUAAAAUAACUGGUCUACCAUAUAAAUGUAAAAAGAAAGAUGUUAAGGCAUUUUUUAAACCACUCGUACCCUACUCAAUACGAUUACCUCUUGGAAAAGAAAAGAAACUAACAGGAUUCUGUUAUGUAGGCUUUAGAACUGAAAAAGAAUUAAAUAAGGCGCUAACAAAGGACAAACUCUUCAUAGGUAAUCACCGAUUACAUGUACAUAAGUAUGAGGACAGGGCAAAGAAAGAAGCAGAAGAAGAGGAACAGAAAAACAGUAGGAAAAAUCGAGAGAGAGAAAAUAAUGAAGAAAGCGUAGGUGAAAGCGGCAGUAUAUUUGUGAGGAACUUGGCGUAUGUCGUGUCGGAAGAAGAGCUAACACAAUUGUUUGAGAAAUAUGGUCCAUUAGCAGAAGUCCACAUGCCAAUAGACCCAAUCCUCCGCCAACCGAAGGGCUUCGCAACAGUCACGUUUGUGAUACCGGAGCACGCCGUGAAGGCUUACACAGAGCUCGACGGUACGGCGUUCUGCGGCCGGAUGCUGCAUCUAUUGCCCGCUAGGACUGAGAAACUUGAGGACGAAGACAAUGACGACGGCCUAUCAUUCAAGGAGAAGAAAGCGAAGAAGCUGAAACAGCAAGCGAAGUCGUCCCACAAUUGGAACGUGUUGUUCCUGGGAGUCAACGCAGUCGCGGACGUGGUCGCAGCCAACUACAACACUACCAAAGAGCAAUUACUCAGUGAUAAUAACAAAAAUACUAGUGCCGCCGUAAGGCUAGCCCUUGGAGAAACACAACUAGUUGCUGAAACUAAAUCUUUCCUCGAAUCCAAUGGUGUCUAUUUGGAUGCAUUCAAUAGACCUGCAAAAAAACGCUCAAAAACCUGUAUCCUUGUAAAAAAUCUACCUGCUGAAACAGACAAAGAUGAAAUCAAAGGCAUAUUCGAAAAGCAUGGCCAACUAGCUAGGUUUCUAAUGCCUAACCACGGCAUAACCGCACUUGUAGACUUUAUUGAGCCUUUCGAAGCUAAAAAAGCAUUCGGCAAACUAGCAUACUCGCAAUUUAAGUCAGGCCCGUUGUAUUUGGAGUGGGCGCCUGAAAAUGUGUUCGUAAAAUCUUCAGAAAAACCCCAAGAAGUUAGUAAAGAAAACUCUGAUGAUGACCCGAAGGAAAAGGAGUUAGAGAAACCAAAAGAAACAAAAAUGAUCACAGACAACAAACAAGAAGAGAAUAAACAAGAAAAAGCAGAAGAACCUGAUGACUAUAUUGAAGAGGAGCAGCCAGAGAAUGAUACUACACUUUUUGUGAAGAAUAUUAAUUUCAAAACUACUGAAGCAUCUUUAAGAGCACAUUUCUCUGGUUGUGGAAAAAUACAUAGCGUAACGAUAGCAAAGAAAAAGGACCCUAAAAAUCCUGGACAAUUUUUAUCCAUGGGUUACGGUUUUGUCCAGUUUGUUAAAAAGCAACAUGCCAAUGAGGCUCUGAAGGAGUUACAAAGUUCCACACUUGAUGGCAAGACAUUAGAGCUGAAGCGAUCCGAAAGAGGAAAUACCACAGAGGUAAAAUCAUCUAAAAAGAGUACGAAGGACACAGUUCAAAACGGAACAAAAAUCCUCGUACGCAACGUGCCAUUUCAAGCCAACAGAAAUGAACUUCACGAAAUAUUUAGAGCAUUCGGUGACAUCAAAACAUUGCGGUUGCCCAAGAAAUUGACUGCUGGUACCGACCAACAUCGAGGAUUCGCCUUUGUCGAUUUCUAUUCAAAAGCUGAUGCAAAGUCUGCAUUCGAAGCUUUAUGCCAAUCAACUCAUCUGUACGGAAGACGUCUGGUGCUGGAGUGGGCCGACCAAAGCGAUGAGAAUGAAGACAUCGGCAUGCUAAGGAAACGGACGGCGCAGAGUUUCAACGCUAAAGUACCCGGCGGCAAGAAAUCCAGAAAAGGGACAGUGGACGUCGAAACAUUUGUUGACCCUGAUAAUAAUAUUAUUUGAAAAUAAAUUAUUUGUUAUAUUUUAAAA